AUCGAUAGUUUUUCACUAUCGACUUAAUUGUAACUGUACUAACCAUGAAGUAAAUAAUUUUUACUUAAAAAUGGCUGCGUUAAAGACGACUGUAAAUCUGUCAAAAAAAUUAUUUGUGAGAAAUAUAACGCUUACAUCUUUCAUUAGAAAAUAUGAUAAAAUUGUUGAUACACCAUACGAAGAACUUUUACAAAAUGAGUUGUCUGUUUCUCAGAAAAAAUAUAUGCCAGGCUUAUAUCCAAAAACAAAAGAAGAAAUGAUAGCAGCUGCAGAAAAAUAUGGUUUGCAUCCUGAUGAAUAUAAACCUUGUAAUCCAGACACUAAUUAUGCAGGAGACUAUCCAGAUUUACCAUUUAUAAGUGUAGAGGCUAAAGAUUCAUUUUAUCCUUGGGAUAUUCCUGCAUUAAAAAGAAAUUUUGAGGAACCAUUUCAUAAAGAAUCAAAUAUGUUAUUUGGAGAUCGCUAUGAAUAUGGUGUUCGUCAAAUUGUUGAUCCAAAUAAGGCUAUUGCAAUUUUUUGUGCUAUUAUGGUUGCUUCUGCAAUAAUUUUUUACUUUUCAUUUAAUAUAAGUCAACCUUUGAUGGAAAAACAAUAUCCAGGAAAAGGAAUGCAUUAUACUUUUGAACUAAAAUAAUCAAUUAUAAAUAUAAUAAGAUAUAUAUAUAGUAAGAUAAUAUA